UGCUAUGGCCAAAUUAGAGAAGUUGUACAAGAAGAAGAAAAAUGACGUUUUUGCCAGGCAUAAAUUGGCGACGAAUAAGCAAAGAAGUGGCGAAUGCGUAACAGAAUUUUUCCAACAAUUGUCUUCGUUAGCUAAAGACUGCAACUUCGAAGCCGUAUCUGCUGAUAAGUAUAGAGAAGAAGCUAUAAGAGAUGCUUUCAUAACUGGAUUGAAAUCCGCCGAAAUUCGUCAACGGUUGUUGGAGCACGAAGUAUUAACACUUGACAAAGCUCUUCAGAUUGCAGAUUCAUUAGAGAGAGCCGAAAAGUUUGCUAACUCCUAUCAAGAAUGUACGAAUGGCCAAUUAAUGACCACAUUGUCAGAAAAAGAAGCAUCUGAAACUGUAUCAGACACAGAAGAAAGACGUGAUGACAAUUUCAAAUCUAUAGCUGUGACAUCGAGAACUUCAAACUUCGAUUUUGCUGUCAAAAGGUGUGGUUAUUGUAGAGGUGUGCAUCGCUUAAAACGUCAAAAUUGCCCAGCCAGAAAUGUGUAUUGCUUCAAGUGUGGUCGACGUGGACACUUUGCAAGAGUAUGUAGAUCUUCUAAUGAAAAUCGUGACAAAGUUGAAAACCCACAUUUAGCUGCUGUUGUACCUAGCAGUCUAAAACUAGCUCUUGUUUCUGUAAUAAUCUCUGGCAGGCAAGUUGAUGCUCUUCUCGACUCGGGCUCUUCUGAUAAUUAUAUGGCUAGCAAUUUCGCGUCUUCUCUUGGGCUUACUCUAAAAGGACCGAUGUCUAAAAUUUCACUAGCAUCAAAGAAGUCCGAAGCUCGUAUAUUGGGAUCUGUGACAGCCGAUAUUAGGGCUAAUUCCCGAACAUACAAAGAUGUCAACUUUGGCGUAAUAAAUAACUUGUGUGUGGAUGUUAUAUUGGGGCAUAACUUCAUGAGCAAGCACAGAAGAGUUAUAUUUCGGUUUGAUGGCGCUUAUGAGGAUCUAAAUGUCGAGAAAACCUGUAACCUAACUGCUGCAAAGGCUUCCAUUUGGUGUUACUAAUGGUGUAGCUGCAUUUCAGCGGUAUAUUGACUCUAUCAUUGCCAAAUACGACUUGAAGGGAACUUUGGCUUACUUGGAUAAUGUCACUAUUUAUGGUACGAACAAGGAAGAACACGAUGAACGACUGAAAGCAUUUCUCUCUGCUGCCAAAGAUUGUGAGUUAACUUUAAACCAAGAUAAAUCCUUUUAUUCUGCUACUGAACUAUCACUGUUGGGUCAUCUAGUAUCACAUAACACUAUUAAACCGGAUCCUCAGCAUUUCAAACCGUUGCUCGACAUGAAGCCUCCUCGUGAUUCUAAGAGUUUAAAGCGUUGCCUUGGAAUGUUUGCUUACUAUUCCAAAUGGAUUCCUAAAUUUUCUGAUAAAAUAAUUCCCUUGACUAGA